AUGACUGUGCCUCAUGGCCAAAAGGCCACAGCAUUUAGGCGUCGUUGUGUUCUGUGUCACAUGAAGUCCCCCAUCAUCUGCACCACGUGUUCAGGUUGCAGCCAUAAAAGGUUAACGGUGGUGCUUGGAGCCCAAGACUUAAAGAAGUGGAAGAAGAGCUGUCAGAAGAUUCAGGUGUCACAUUACCAUCGGCAUCCCUUACAUGAGAAUGCAACACAGAUCAGUUAUGACAUCAUGCUACUGAAGCUAAAGACCACAGCUCGUCUAACUGAGAAUGUGACGGUCGUUGGACUCCCAAAGGAGGAUGAACAUAUCCCAGCAUCCCCAAAAUGCUCCGUAGCUGGUUGGGGCAAGACUAACUCGAACAACGACCAGGGUUCAGACGUUUUGAUGGCAGUGGUGGUGACGGUGGAGGAUAACUCUGAAUGCAAGAAGGUGUGGCAGAAACACUUUGACAGAAAACAAAUGAUGUGCACUCGUACUACCGGAGAGAAGGGAUUUUGUCACGGAGAUUCAGGGGGACCUCUUAUUUGUAACAAGAAGGCACAGGGUAUUGUUGCUGAGAGAUGUGAUGAUUCCCAAUAUCCUCAUGUGUACAUGAAAAUCCCUUUCUUUAUGCCCUGGAUUAAAGAGGUGUUGCACGGAUAUGGUGCCAACAUGUCUUUAACCUCUCUAGGCACCGAGAUCUCGCUAGCGGGAUCAAAUUCGACAACAUCCGGGGGAAUCUGA